AUGAUAAUCAGGCAAAGAUUUAUCCUUUUCCUUUGCUUUGCAGUGCUUGGGCUUUUCGGCUUUGCAAAUGCUAGUACUGGUGAUCGACUACCUGAAUUCAAACAAUGUGUUGAGGUCUGUCAACGAGAAAAUUGUGGUGAUGGAGCUGGAGGUGCUACGAAGAUUCCACUCCUCCAUCGACUUCUCUUCUGGACUUGCCCUGCCGAAUGCGAUUACACCUGCCAACACAUAAUCACCAACUCCCGCGUCGAAUCUUCCCAACCCAUUGUUCAAUUCCACGGCAAAUGGCCUUUCUAUCGUUUUCUCGGCAUGCAAGAACCGUUCUCCGUCUUCUUCUCCCUGCUCAACUUCCUGGCGCAUCAAAACGGACUUGCGAAAGUAACUGCGCAAAUCCCCGAAAGUUAUAGUAUGCGUAAAUACUAUGUCAUGCUAUCAUAUGCGGGAAUGAUCAGUUGGGUCGCCAGUAUGGUGUUCCAUACGAGAGAUUUUGCCGUCACGGAACAAAUGGAUUAUUUUGCAGCGGGAGGGAGUGUCUUGUAUGGCAUGUAUUAUACGCCGAUUCGUAUCUUUCGUAUGGAUCGUGGUGGGAAACUUGCGUCCUCUAUAUUGCGGGCUUGGACUCUUCUCUGUAUACUUCUCUAUAUCGCACACGUCGCAUAUCUGAAGUGGUGGGAUUGGGAUUAUACAUAUAAUAUGGCUGCGAAUGUUGUAGUAGGAGUAUUGCAAAAUGCUCUGUGGAGUUGGUUCUCAUUCAACAAAUACAGGAAGAGUAAGAGGGCAUGGACAGCAUGGCCAGGAUUGGUAGUUGCGUGGAUUUUCAUGGCGAUGAGUUUGGAGUUGGUGGAUUUUCCACCUUGGUGGGGAUGUUUGGAUGCGCAUAGUUUGUGGCAUUUGGGUACGGUGGCUCCAAUUAUGAUUUUCUAUAGUUUCUUACUCAAGGAUGCCCAAGAUGACAUCGCUGGGCAGAGAUUAAAGGCUUAG